AAAUACCUCCACCUUGCCUGGGCCCGGAGCCACAGGAGACCCUGCAGAAUUUGAAGAAUGUUCUGGAACAAUGCAAGUCCUGCCCAGGCUGCCCCCAGGAGCCAGCGUCCUUGGGUCUCUGUGCGGCAUCCAGCAACAUGAGCUUGCAGGACCCUGAGGAGCUCUCCUUCUGCUUGGAAGCUGAGGACGGCUGGGAAGACCCAGAGGCCCUGAGCUCGCUGCUGCUAUUCCUGAAUGCCCCCGGGUACAAGGCCAGCUUCUGUGGCCUGUACGACGUGGCGCUGCCAUGGCUGAGCAGCGUGUUCUGCAGCUUUAAACAAGAGGAGCUGACUGGGCGCCUGGCACAGGCCCGGGUGGCCAAGAAAGCUGGCUUCCUCAUGGCCCUGGCCAGGCUCUGCUUCCUCCUGGGGCAGCUGUGCAGCAGGAGGCUCAAGCUGUCCCAGGCCUGGGUGUACUUUGAGGAAGCACUGGGGGCUGGAGGCAGCUUCGGGGACCUGUUCCUGAUGAUGGCUGUGUACGCCAAUGUGGCCAGCAUUUACCGGAAGCAGAAGAACCGGGAGAAGUGUACACAGGUGGUUCCCACCAUGGCCCUGCUUCUGGGAUCACCUGGCCACAUCUGCAGCACUGAGGCAGAGGGGGAGCUCCAGAAGCUGGCACUGCGGCGGGCGAUGGGCGGCCAGAACCUGCAGGCCGAGGCGCGGGCCUGCUUCCUGCUGGUCAGACACCACGUGUACCUCAAGCAGCCCGAGGAGGCCCUGCCCUUCCUAGAGUGGCUGCUGCUUUUGCACAGGGACUCAGGAGCCCCAGAGGCUGCGUGGCUCUCAGACCGCUCCCUACUCCUGGCUGACAUCUCCAGCCGCAAGUGCCUGCCCCACCUGCUGCUGAGCUGUGUCAAGAUGGCCUCGUUGAGGGCGCAGGACUCGCGGGCCGGCUCACUGAGGAGCGUGAACCUGGUGCUCCAGAACGUCCUCCAGCCCCACAACCUCCCCACCCAGACUUCCCACUACCUCAGACGGGCGCUGGCCUCCCUAACCCCAGGCACAGGCCAGGCGCUGCACUGCCUUCUCCACAGCAGCCUGGCCCAGCUGUACAGCCCCCAUGGCUACCAUGGCCCGGCCAUCACCUUCAUGACGCAAGCCAGUGCUGUUGCCAGAGUCCGUGCCACUGUGGACUGCCUGGUGGCUCUGGCCUGGCUGCACGUGCUUCAUGGGCAGGGCCCGGUGGCCCUGGACAUCCUGCAGUCUGUCCAGGAUGCAGUGGUGGCCAGCGAGGACCAGGAGGGUGUGAAUGCCAACAUGGUGACCGUGGCUCUGAAGAGAACGGGCCAGAUGAGGCAGGCAGCCAAGGGCUACUACCGUGCCCUACGGGCAGCUCGGGACCUGGGCCUGCGGAGGAACCAGGCAGUGGUGCUGGCCACCUUCGGGGCCCUGUGGCUGCACGUGGGUACCAGCAGGCUGGCCCAGCACUGCCUCCUGGAGGCUGUGCGGCUGUUCUCGAGGCUGCCCUGUGGGGAGUGUGGCCGGGACUUCACCCACGUGCUCCUGCAGCUGGGCCACCUCUGCACCCGUCAGGGCCCGGCCCAGCAGGGCAAGGGCUACUACGAGUGGGCCCUUCUGGUCACUGUAGAGAUGGGCCACGUGGAGAGGCCUACAAAGCCGCUUUGGACACACCAAACGAAGUCUGGGGAUUUUCAUCGACCUCCAGAAGAAAGAGGUGGCGGCACAUGCCUGGCUGCAAGCAGGGACAAUCUAUUACAUCCUGCAGCAGAGCAAGCUGGUGGACCUGUACAUCCAGGGAACGAGCACAUGGCCUACCAGCGGCUGGCCCAUGGCAAGCUGGCAGAGCACUUCUACUUCAAGGCCCUGUCACUCUGCAACUCACCUCUGGAGUUCAACGAGGAGACCCUCUACUACGUGAAGGUGUACCUGGUGCUCGGUGACAUCAUCUACGACCUGAAGGACCCGUUUGAUGCAGCCGGGUACUACCAGCUGGUACUGGCAGCCGCCGUGCGCCUGGGCAACAAGAAGGCACAGCUGAAGAUCUACACGCGGCUGGCCACCAUCUCCCACAACUUCCUCCUGGACCACGAGAAGUCGCUCCUCUUCUACCAGAAGACCAGGACCUUCGCCACAGAGCUCAAUGUCUGCAGGGUCAACCUGCCUCCUCUGCCACUCUGCGGGUGGGCCCCCUGGUUGGCCCCAGCCACCCGCACUGAGGACAGCAUCCGAGGGAGUGGGUUUUGUGCGGGGUGGAUGGUCUCCUGCCUCUCCUGGUGUCUCCCGUGGCUCAUUUUCUGGGAAACAGAGGCAUGAAAGCAGGGGUCAAAUAGCA